GUAUUGUCAUGCAGAAGCCUUCACUCUCCACAGACCAAUCAUAUUCUUGCUUCUUGCAUGAAGAGGAGGUUCAACUCGCCUGCACUCUCCCAUCCCGUAUCCUCUGUAAUGCUGUGGAGUUCAUCUUCUAUCUGAAUGGAGACUCCAUCAUGACCGUGCCCAUUGGAUCCUCACAGCCCAGGGCUACUUUAACAAAGUUUAAGAUGGAUGCUUCACACCAGGGAAGUUACCGCUGUCUCUACAGAACCCUCUCCAACAGCCAAGCCAUCAGCUCCCCUUACAGCAACGUUACUAAAGUGGUCCUGCUACAGCCCAACAUCUCUCUCAGUCCUCCAAAUGGAGGGAUGUUUUGAGAACCUCAGGGGCCAGAGGUGAUCAGUUGCCACAGCUUCUCCAUCACCUGCUCCAUUCAGCCAUAGUAACCUGGAGGCCUCUUCUAUCUGGACUUCUCUGGUUCCAACAGAACAGAGACUACGCCAGCAGUCAACCACUCUGCCUGCUUCCACUUCCCUGUUGCAGAGUAUAAAGACCAGGGGAAAUACAGCUGCAGCUAUGGAGUCAACAUCUCCACCUGGUCAUUCAGGUCGGCUAAUAGUGAACUAGCUGUCACCAUUAGAGGUAAACUAACACAUGCUUUAAAAUAAAGUUCUUGAACAUUGCUUUUACGUGAUAUUUUAACCCAAAGAGAGAAAAUGUUUAGUAUUUUAACAUUACUUACCAUCCUUCAUAUCACAUUCUUUGUUUUGCUUUUAUAUUGUAUUGAUUUGCUAUCUACAAGUAUUGAUCUGUAGGUCUCAGCCUUUCAAAUACUGACCUUUUCCUCGGGCAUCCAUGGUCUCCAUCAUCACCUCUGGAAGGACUGGUACUGACACCAGACACAGCAGAGGGGAGGACAACGAAGAGGAAGAGGAGGAGGACUAUGUGAACGUUGAAAACGUCUGCUAUGACAGAGGUGUGGAGAGAGAGUGAAGGGCGAAAAGAAGAAUGGGAAGGAAAAAGGGCACAUCUGUGGGAAAUUGGAGGAUGUCUAUGUCAAAGAGGAGGAGGGUGUAAGGGAGGGAAAGGGUGUUUGUGGCGGGUCUCAUGAGAAAAUUAAUAGUGCAGAUGAUGGUGAAGAUUACUUUAAUGUCUCUGUCUAUGACAAUGCUGUACCACAUGACAUGAAUGAAGAGAUUUAUCAAAACGAUUAAGAAAAGUAACAGCGGUGGCAGGUAGCCUAGUGGUUAGAGCGUUGGACUAGUAACUGAAAGGUUGCAAGAUCGAAUCCCUGAGCUGACAAGGUAAAAAUCUGUCGUUCUGCUCCUGAACAAGGCAGUUAACCCACUGUUCCUAGGCUGUCAUUGAAAAUAAGAGUUUGUUAUUAACUGACUUGCCUAGGUAAAAAAAUAAACUUAACUCAUUUGCAUCAACACAUUGAUUUGGUCCUUUGUGACAUGUAAAUAAAGUUAAAUAAUAAUUCAGAUGCAAUAGUAUAACAACUACAGUUGCUACAGUUGACACUUAAAUUAGACAUUAUAUUGCUUUAUUUGAUUUCGCUUUUUGUAACCAAUCAAAAUGUUCAGCAUAUUUGAUCCAUUGGGUCGAAUUCCAAACUGUAGUUCUUGUAUGCAUUGGUGGGGUGUCACUUUGUGUCUUUGAUCAGUUCCAGUGUUGUUGAGGAACUAGCAUUAUGUGUUUUAACUGUUGGGUGAUUGCAUUAAACUGAACUGGAUCCUCAUUGCAUGUUUUUGAGAUGAACUGUCAUGUCUCCAAUUCUUCUUUGAAGGGGAGAAGAAGGUGUUCCACCAAGUGAGACAAGGUCCAACCAUAAAAAUAGUAUGAGCACUGGGAAGUAAAAGGUGUGGCUCUCGACUCGCUAUUUUGGGCCUUUGCCUUCCUAAAUCUACUUCCUUAGGUCAAGACCAUCAAGCUCUCACUUUUGAUUUUCCCUGGUUUGUCUAUCAAUCAAACAGAGUACAUGGGCUUUACUAGCAACAAAACUGAUUACCCUAGAUACAACAGCAAAAAAAAGUAGGAAGUAACAGAUGUCACAGCAAAAUCACCAGACAGUUUCCGACAGAGACUGGUCAUCACACAUUUUACAAGAAAGCGUAUUCAGUUCUACAAGAGAAAAUACCUUUCUUAAUUUCUGAAAUGAAGAUCAAAAUAUUGAAAAGUCUCCUCUAUCUGACAAUGGUUUAUCCACUAAAUGUGUUACCUGCUGUCACUUCCCAGAUCAGGCUGGUCAAUGGUAAAGAUCGCUGCUCAGGAAGAGUGGAGAUCUAUUACAGUGGCCAGUGGGGAACAGUUUGCGAUGAUUCCUGGGAUAUUAAAGAUGCUGUGGUGGUGUGUAGACAGCUGGACUGUGGGGUUACAAACCAAGUCCGAAGUAGUGGCCAAUAUGGUCCAGGCAGUGGAACUAUCUGGCUGGAUGAAGUUGCAUGCACUGGUAGUGAACGUCAUCUCACAGAGUGCCCGCACAGAGGAUUUGGAAUACAUAACUGUCAUCAUCGUGAGGAUGCUGGUGUUGUCUGCCCAGUCUUUUUCCACCUCCAAGCUGCCGAGGUCAGGCUGGUCGAUGGGAAGAGUCGCUGCUCUGGGAGAGUGGAGAUCUAUUACAGUGGCCAGUGGGGAACAGUGUGUGAUGACGACUGGGAUAUGAAUGAUGCUGCGGUGGUGUGUGGACAGCUGGGUUGUGGGAGUGCUGUAGGUGCCCCUCUUGGUGCCCAUUUUGGUCAGGGUAGUGAACCAACCUGGCUGGAUAAUGUGAACUGCUCUGGUAGUGAAAGCUACCUCUCAGAGUGCUCACACAGAAGUUUUGGAGUUGAAGACUGUAAUCAUGGUGAAGAUGCUGGUGUUUUCUGCCUCUCAGGUUUAACCCUGAAGAUACCUACCCUCUCUAGAACGCCUUCCCAUUCAGCUUUUUCACCUGGUGAAACGGUCCAGUUCAUCUGCUCUGUCCCACAGCGAAUUUCCAUCUCUGCAACAUUUGCCUUAUAUAUGGGGGGAUCUUCAAUAAUGACCAAGGCAGUUGGAACCACUCAGACCAGUAAGACUUUCACAUUGUCCAGUCUGCAAUCUGCACACCAGGGAAGGUACAGUUGUUUACAACAGAUAACCCAGAACGGUCAGAAAAUGAUCAGCUCUUCUUCAAGCAACUCCAUGGACAUCACUAUUGUUGUCUUGUUACAGCCCAACAUCUCUCUCAAUGCUCCAAAUGGAGGGAUGUUCUGGGGACUUCAGGGGCCAGAGGUGACCAGGGGCCACAGCUUCUCCAUCACCUGCUCCAUUCAGCCACAGUAUCCUGGAGGCCUCUUCUAUCUGGACCUCUCUGGGUCCAACAGGACUGAAACUGAGCCAGCAGUCAACCACUCUGCCUCCUUUCACUUUCCUGUUGCAGACUAUACAGACCAGGGGAACUACAGUUGUGUUUAUGAAGUUAAUGUCUCCACCCUGUCAUUCCAUUCUACCAAGACAGAGUUGCUGACAGUCAGCAUUCGAGCAUCCAUAGUCCCCAUUAUUUCCCCUGGUGCAAUAUGUGGGCUACUGCUCCUCCUCCUGCUGCUCAUUACUUGUCUAGUCUGGAAGAAGAUAAGCAGCAGAGAGCAGUCUAUUAUGAUAAACCCGAGAGAAACUGCCAAUAACAUUAGCACAUAUGGAAACACUGUGGUUGCAGCGAGUGAAGAAAAUGAUGAAGAGGACUAUGUCAACGUAGAAACCUUUGUCAACAAGAGAAAAGAUGAAGACUUGAAAAAAGGAUGCCAUGCAGGAAUGUAUGUGAAAAGGGAGUUGCUUACCACUAAAAAUAAUGAGAAUGCUCCAGGAGCCAUGAACAAGUUUGGAAACAACCAAGGUGAAGGGCCAGAGUCAAGUGAGGAAGAUGAGUCCGACUAUGAAAAUGCAGAUAUCUUCACAGAGAGGGAUUUUGCUGAAGACAUCUAUGAUGAAGACAGUGAGUCUUUAGACCUGGAGCAGCUCACUUCAUGUAAAUCUGGAAGGGAGAAUGACUAUGAAGAAGAUGACAACAUAUACGCAAACAAUGAGUGAAGGCCUUGUAAUGCAGAUGCAGAGGUAUUGAUGCCAGGAAAGGCAUGAAAGGUUAGCUUUGUGAGUUGAAUUAUAAUGGCUUAAUUAAAAAACAACUUAAAAAAACAAAAUGUUCACUUAGUAGAUACGAGUAAUGGCUUUGUUUGAAUAUGAAUUACAAUUCCAAUGUAAAUAGUUUGGGUGUAUGAGUUCUAGUUGUAUUGUUGCCAGGUAAUUGUAUGAGUUUUCUGACUUAACUUUGUUAUAUAUAUAUAUUUUUUUUAUUAUGACAUUAUUUACUUCAGUUUAAAAAGAGUGAUUGUCUUGAUGAAUUGGCUGAACGCAUUGAACAUAAUCUAUUAUUACAUUUUUUUAAGUAAAUAUAUUAAUACUAUAUUAAUACUAGACUGUUUGUCUUCUAUAAUGUUCAGUGUGCUGUCAAGGAGUUGUGCUGUCAAAGAAUAGUCGUAGCAAUGACUGGUUGUGAUGUGCUAAACUUGAGAUCUACACUCUUAGAAAAAAGGGUCCCAAAAGGUUUUCUUGGCUGUCUGCAUAGGAUAACCCUUUUUGGUUCCAGGUAGAACUCUUUUGGGUUCCAUGUAGAACCAUCUGUGUAAAGGGUUCUACCUGGAACCAAAAAAUGAUUAUUCAAAGGGUUCUCCUAUAGGACAGCUGAAGAACUCUUUUAGGUUCUAGAUAGCACAUUUUUUCCCCCAAGUGUACAGUAUGACAAAAACCAAAUACAUUUGUACUGUAUGUAUAGAAUCUAACAAUAAUUUUGAUUUCAGUGUACAUUUUUGAUUAUUGUGUGUGUGACUAUAAAGAACAUGAAAUCCAUGAAA